AAUCACUGACCGUGCAGUAACAUGGCGUCUCUACGUAAUGCAGAUGCCCCACUUAGGAACUACAUCAAGCAGCACUCCCUGCCCCACAUCUACGAGGCUCUGCUAUGUGGGCUAUGUGCAAUGUGUCCAGAAAAUCCACUGCAGUUUUUGGAGGAGAAGAUCAAGGAGAUGUUGGAGAAGGGUCAUCAUUCUCUAAUAUGGGAUUCAUACAUCGAUGACUCAAGGAAACCCAAAGUAAAGGCAAUGGCAGGAAGCUAUUUGGAAUACCUAUUUGGGCAAGAUGAAGAUCAGCUGGUGUCUCCAGAGCUAUUUAAGAAGGCAUACUCCUUUUACAUCAGCAAGCUGCAGAAGCUGUACUUUGAUGCCUGGAUGGAGUAUUGUGCUACGAGGAAAGCCAAAAGACUGGACACACAGGUCAAGCUGCAGAAUGCGGAGGCUCAUCAUACAAAAACAUUUUUGCAGUCCAUAAUUCGGCGUUGGAAUAAGUGGGUGAAAUUUCACAAUAAACAGCAUAUCAAGGCUUCAGUCAGAAUUCAAAGUGUUUUUGAUGAUGCCUUCAUGAAAAAAAUCUUAAAAGCAUGGAACGCUGAAGCUCAGGAUUCCAAAAAGAAAAGAGAGUACUUUGAGCGUUUGGAAAGAGGUGACAUGGAUGAUUUGGGAAAUGUCAGCUCUUCUGCCAUGAGGGAAGGUGAAGAUGAUAUUUCUCUACUCCCGCAGAGAGCAGUUGUUAAGAUAUUUGGCUUUAUGGACCUGAUAGAUCUUGCAAGGAGUGCUCAAGUUUGCAGAUCUUGGAAGAUCAUAACCCAAAAUAGUUCACUCUGGAAUAGUAUCGAUUUCUCUUCAGUACAAAAUCGCAUUCAAGACAAAUUUGUGAUCAACAUCUUACGAAAGUGUCGUCCUUAUGUCAUACGGUUAAAUUUCCGCGUGUGUUCUACACUACACUGGUCUACCUUUAAAUGCAUAGGUGAAUGUAGAAAUCUGCAGGAUCUAAAUUUAUCAGAGUGCCGAAACUUAAAUGAAGAAGCAGUGAGAGUAAUUUGUGAAGGGUGCCCAGCACUUCUUUAUCUCAAUUUAUCUCACACUGAUAUAACCAAUACAACACUAAAGUACAUGUCAAGAUACCUGCUGAACCUGCAGUUCCUCAGUUUAGCUUACAGUCGAAAGUUUACAGAUAAAGGCUUACAGUACCUGAGAUCUGGAAAGGGAUGUCAGAAGAUCAUCUACUUAGACGUGUCCGGCUGCACUCAGAUAUCGGUUGAUGGUUUCAAAUACAUAGCUGAUGGAUGUGCUUCUCUUCAACACCUAAGAAUCAAUGAUAUGUUUACUCUAACAGACAACUGUAUUACAAUGUUGCUUGAGAAGUGCCAGAACAUUGUGUCUAUAUCUCUGCUGGGAUCUCCUCAUCUUUCUGACGCAGCUUUCAAGGUUCUGGCACAAGGGCGGAAACUUGUGAAGAUCAGGAUUGAAGGAAACAGUCGGAUUACUGAUGGCAGCAUCAAAGCAAUUAGCAGAUCCAGUCCUAACCUGAACCACAUUUAUAUAGCCGAUUGCCAAAAAAUUACAGAUAUCAGUCUUAAAGCUCUUGCAUCUCUUAAGAAUAUAACAGUGUUGAAUAUGGCAGACUGCAUCAGGAUCAGUGACCCAGGGGUACGACAAGUUGUAGAAGGCUCUUCUGGAAACAAAAUAAGAGAACUAAAUUUAACAAAUUGUCUACGUGUCAGUGACUUAUCGCUUCUGAGAAUAGCGCAAAAAUGUCACAAUCUAAACUUCCUGAGCCUCCGCUUCUGUGAAAACGUGACUGACUCCGGCAUUGAACUCCUGGGGAAUAUGACUUCACUUCUUUCCAUUGAUAUCUCUGGGACCAGCAUUACGGAUCAAGGACUGACCGCUCUUGGGGCCCAAAAUAAAAUAAAAGAGCUUUCUGUCUCAGAAUGCCUGGGAAUCACGGACAUCGGUAUUCAGAAAUUCUGCCACCAGGCAAGGGAUCUAGAAAUGCUGGAUAUUUCUCAUUGUCUGCAAGUCACAAACAACACUCUGAAAACCAUUGCAUUUUGUUGUAAGAUGCUCACAUCCAUUAAUAUUGCUGGAUGUCCAAAGAUUACAGAUAUAAGCAUCCAGUACCUUUCUGGCGGCUGCCGUUACAUCCAUAUCAUUGAUAUAUCUGGGUGCAUCCAUCUCAGUGACAAGGCAUUAAAGUACUUACAGAAAGGUUGCAAACAACUCCGUACCAUAAGAAUGCUCUACUGCAAGAGUGUUACCAAGGCAGCUGUUCAUAAAAUGGAAUCCAAAUACCAAAAUGUUGAAUAUAGUACAGAUGAUCCUCCACCUUGGUUUGGAUAUGACCGGCAGGGUAACCUACUACAUGGUAUAUCACACGUAGAAGAGACAGAAGAGGAAGCUGCUGAUGAGUCAAUUGAUGCAUAAAUGGACAAACGUCAGCUGUGUUCAAAGCAAUUAUAUGUGAAAAAUGCCAAUUCUUGGGGUACGGCCACACAUUGCAUAAACUGGUCUAGUCAAGUGCCCCUCCCUAUCAGUGGCCAUGUUGGAACAGAAUCGCUAUGCUUACAUUGGAGUUGGCUGUACUGCACAAGAGCCUGACGCUGAACAGCAGGGAACAAUGCCUUAGCCGUGAUAAUAUUACAUUAAUAAACUGAAUAUAGUGCUGUUUUCAGUACAUUUGUAAAUUUUAAUAGAAGAUGACCAACCCCUUUAAUAGGCUGGUAAAAAAGAAGACAUUUUAGGUGCUUCAAGUCCAGGUCAAUGCUGUCA